AUGCAUAACCAUAACUUUCUGGAAGAUUUACAUGACAUCAAAUUUGAGGACUUUUUAAAUCAUUUUAUUUUUCUUAAAAGUGGGGACAAAAUACCAACGGGUAAUGACGAUGAGGAGGAAAGCGCGGCGACAGUUGAUUUGGCAGAUCCCUCGGAAGAGAAGACGAAGAAGCCGCAGGAGGAAAGGCACAAUUUCAUGCGGUCCAUAGCCAAUGACAUUAUAAACAACGAACCUAAUACGGUCCUCUUUAGAAGAGUUUAUUGGCCCCUGCUAAUAGGAAUUUACCAUCCCGCCACUCUAGACGAGCUAGUAAAGGACGUACAGAAAAAAAGAAGUUCGUAUAAGCAGGAUAAAGACGAAUACAUCACAAAGCAGUCCAACUUAAAUAUUCAAAAAUUGGACCCCCAGAUCUUUCACCCGCUUUCAUCGGAUGAUAAAAAUCCUUGGACACUAAAACAGAAGAAUCAAGAAUUAAAUGAAGAAAUAAAACAAGACAUUUUAAGAACACACUCAGAAAGGAAGCUUUUUCAAAAUGAGGAAGUAAGAGACACAUUAUGUAAAAUUCUCUUCCUAUGGGCAAAAAAAAAUCCAUCGGUGUCGUAUAAACAAGGCAUGAACGAAUUAGUAGCCAUUUUUUUUAUAGUCAAUUAUCGUGAACAAGUAUGUCGCGAUAUUCAAAAUUUAAAAAGUGAUCAAUUUUGGAAAGAGUAUUUCAUCCUGUUUGAUAGGGACGAAGUGGAGGCAGACACGUACAUACUGUUUGACCACUUCAUGAACAUGGGGUUGAAAUAUUUAUUCUCUUCCCCCGAAGAGAAAAGAAAUCAAGCAACAAAGAAUUCUUCCAAAACGGUGCUCCUGCACAAGUGUACUUAUAUAUUCCAUAAGUUACUAAAAAAUUUGGAUAAAUUGUUGUACAAUCAUUUGAUCUCUCUGAGUAUCGAGCCUCAGAUUUUUCUUCUCAGGUGGAUCCGUCUCUUCUAUUGUAGAGAGUUUCCGAUUGAUGACACCGUCAUUUUGUGGGACAACUUCUUCUCAGAUUGCUACUUAACAAACUGGGAAAACGGCUUCCCCGCCCAAGUCUCAGGGGACAUCAUAGAAGUUGCCCACAUGACAUCAAAUCUGUUCCCCUUGGUGGACAGCUUUGCCAUCUCCAUGAUCCUAUUCAUCAGAUCGUUCUUGCUAGAAAACGACGAGAAUUAUUGCCUGAAGAGACUUUUUAAAUACCCGCCCGUUGAAAACAUAAGGAUAUUAAUCGAUUUAUCUUUUAAAAUUAAGGCCAGAAGCGAGAAGAAGGAGAAGUGUGCAAAAAGGGAUGACUUACCAGUGUCCAACAGUGUUGGCGUGGCCGGGGGUUCGAAUGUGGGCGGUUGUCUUGGUUCGUUUCAGAUUAGGAACGCGGCCAAAGAGGGAGUACCAAAUUUGGCACGAGAGGGAGUAGCAAAUUUGGCUCGAGAAGGGGCCGCAAACUUGGCAAGAACCAGCGGCAACAACAGCAUAGCGGGUGAUCACCUGGAGCGAAAUAGGUAUAAGCCAACCGCCAACACCCUUGUGCUAAAUAAAGAGGUCAAAAUUUUAAACACACCCGCGACGUUAUCUCGUAUUAACAGUAAGCUAAAUAGUGUCAUUGACAGCUUGAAUAAUUUAUCCUCCAUCGUCGGGAAUGAAAAACACCGAGUACAGCUCCAACAAAAUGUAUUUCGCCUAAGUGAAAUAUUCCGAGAAUUGAACAUCAUGGAACAUAAUUGUGCAGAGUCCAUGCCGGAGGAUUCGGAGAUGAACUGGAAAAAGGAGGCCCCACCGAUUUACUUCGGUUGA